AUGGGGUUUGAGAUGGCCACCAACCUAUUUACAAAGACAAUUGUUGCGCACUCUGCAUCGUCAAACCCGAGUGCCGCUGCCAUCAACGCUGCCUCAGAGGUUAAGGUCAAUCCUAUCACCGGGGAGGAGCUCACUAGCGACUCGGGAAGCAAAGUUAGACAUUCAGAAACAAGUAGCAAAUCGAAUCCGCCUCCGGCUUUCACUGUGUGCGACGUCAACCAGGAUGCCGCAAGAGCCAUUGUUAGCAAGCUGAAGGAGAAGUUCCCGGGAUACCACUUUCAAGUGGCUAAAGACCCUGCAGAUCGUCGCACUCUCAUCAACACUCAUUACGAUGUUACCAUCGUCGCCACAAGUUCAGAAAAGGCAAUCCUACCUGCCUUGGCAAAGUUGCCAAAUGGAGAACCGACUCUUGUUAUCGACUCGACAACGCUCGAUAUUGACGUAGCCAGGGACGUGGCGAAGAAUGUCGAGCAAGCUGGUGCAAUGAUGGUUGAUGCACCAGUGUCGGGAGGAGGUCCUCAACCCUCCGUCACUCUCGCGACGCCAUAUUUAUCGUUAAUGGGAGCUCGAACAAUACAUUGUGGUCCCUCUGGAGCGGGACUCGCGGCCAAGAUUUGUAACAACAUGAUCUUGGGCGUCCAACAGAUCGCUGUGGCGGAGGGCAUGCUGCUAGGACAGAGGAUGGGCCUGAAACCGGAUGUGCUUGCCGGGGUAUUGAAUACAUCCACAGGGAGGUGCUGGAGCUCUGAAGUGAACAAUCCGGUGCCAGAGGCACUCUCGCAAAGCACGGCCCCUUGCACAAGAGAUUAUGAGGGCGGGUUUGCGACGGCGCUGAUGCUCAAGGACAUGAAUUUGGCUCUUCAUGCCGGCGAAAGCUUUACCACGCCACUAAUUCUGGGAACUGCGGCGAAAGAGGUGUAUGAGAACGUGGCCAGGCAAACAUCAUUGGCGCAAAAGGACUUCUCAGUUGUCUACCAAGUCCUCAAGGUCGCAGCUGAGGCCCAAGCGUCCAAGAACACAUCCUCUCCAGAGCACACCACUCCGGCAGGGAACUUCUAG